GAGAAGACAGAUGAUGUUUCAGAGAAAACUUCUCUAGCUGAUCAAGAGGAACUGAGAACUAUAUUCAUCAAUCAACCCCAGCUAACCAAAUUCUGCAAUAAUCAUGUCAGCACUGCAAAGUACAACAUAAUAACGUUCCUGCCAAGGUUCCUUUAUUCCCAGUUCAGAAGAGCUGCUAAUGCAUUUUUUCUUUUUAUUGCAUUACUUCAGCAAAUACCAGAUGUAUCACCAACAGGCCGUUACACAACAUUGGUCCCUCUCUUAUUUAUUUUAGCCGUAGCUGCAGUGAAGGAGAUCAUAGAGGAUAUUAAAAGGCAUAAAGCUGAUAAUGCGGUGAACAAGAAACAAACUCAAGUACUACGAAAUGGCGCAUGGGAGAUUGUCCACUGGGAAAAGGUAGAUGUUGGAGAUAUAGUUAUAAUAAAAGGCAAAGAGUAUAUACCUGCUGACACUGUACUGCUCUCAUCAAGUGAACCGCAAGCUAUGUGCUACAUUGAAACAUCUAAUUUAGAUGGUGAGACAAACUUAAAAAUUCGACAGGGUUUGCCACUAACAUCAGAUAUAAAGGACAUAGAGAGCUUGAUGAGACUUUCAGGCAGAAUUGAAUGUGAGAGUCCAAACCGACAUCUCUAUGACUUUGUUGGAAACAUCAGACUGGAUGGGCAUGGUACUGUUCCAUUGGGAUCUGAUCAGAUUCUUCUACGAGGAGCUCAGUUGAGAAAUACCCAGUGGGUUCAUGGGAUAGUUGUCUAUACCGGACAUGACACAAAACUUAUGCAGAAUUCAACAAGUCCACCUCUUAAAAUGUCUAAUGUGGAACGAAUUACAAAUAUUCAGAUUUUGAUUCUGUUCUGCAUCCUUAUUGCCAUGUCUUUGAUCUGCUCUAUUGGCUCAGCUGUAUGGAAUCGAAGGCAUACUGGAAGAGACUGGUAUCUUGAUCUAAACUAUGGUGGAGCAAGCAACUUUGGAUUGAAUUUCUUGACUUUUAUCAUUCUCUUCAAUAACCUUAUUCCAAUCAGUUUGUUGGUUACACUUGAAGUUGUUAAAUUUAUCCAGGCAUAUUUCAUAAAUUGGGACAUAGACAUGCACUAUGAACCUACGGACACUGCUGCUAUGGCUCGUACUUCCAAUCUCAAUGAAGAACUUGGACAGGUCAAAUACAUAUUUUCUGACAAAACGGGUACCCUGACAUGCAAUAUCAUGCAAUUUAAGAAGUGUACUGUAGCAGGAAUUGCUUAUGGGCAGGGCUCACAAAAUGGAGAAGAAAAAGCAUUUAGUGACUCAUCAUUACUGGAGAAUCUUCAAAGCAAUCAUCCAACUGCACCUAUAAUAUGUGAGUUUUUGACAAUGAUGGCAGUGUGUCAUACAGCAGUUCCAGAAAGAGAAGGUGAUAAAAUUAUAUAUCAAGCAGCAUCUCCAGAUGAAGGAGCGUUGGUCAGAGCAGCCAGGCGUCUUCGUUUUGUAUUCACUGGAAGGACACCUGACUCAGUAAUCAUAGAGUCUCUGGGACAAGAAGAAAGAUAUGAACUACUAAAUGUCCUGGAAUUUACAAGCACUAGGAAGAGAAUGUCAGUGAUAGUUCGCACACCAUCGGGCAAGUUAAGACUGUACUGCAAAGGAGCUGAUACAGUAAUUUAUGACCGCCUUGCUGAAAGUUCAAAAUACAAAGAAAUCACUUUAAAACAUCUAGAGCAGUUUGCUACAGAAGGCUUAAGAACUCUGUGUUUUGCUGUGGCUGAGAUUUCAGAAAGUGAUUAUCAAGAGUGGUUAGAUGUCUAUCACCGUGCUUCUACAGCUAUACAGAACAGAGCACUCAAACUUGAGGAGAGCUAUGAACUAAUUGAAAAAAAUCUUCAGCUGCUUGGAGCAACAGCAAUUGAAGAUAAACUACAAGACAAAGUGCCUGAAACCAUAGAGACACUCAUGAAAGCAGACAUAAAAAUUUGGAUACUUACUGGUGACAAACAAGAGACUGCCAUUAACAUCGGUCACUCCUGUAAACUUUUGAGAAAGAACAUGGGACUAAUUGUUAUAAAUGAAGGCUCUCUUGAU